AUGGCGCUGCCGAAGCGAAUCGUGAAAGAGACGGAGAGAUUGAUGGCGGAACCUGUCCCUGGGAUCAGCGCGGUGCCCCAUGAAGACAAUCUCCGAUACUUUGAUGUCAGCAUACAUGGUCCUUCACAAUCUCCAUAUGAAGGAGGUGUCUUCAAGCUCGAGCUUUUCCUACCAGAUGACUAUCCCAUGACUCCGCCCAAGAUCCGAUUUCUCACCAAGAUAUACCACCCAAACAUUGACAAGCUCGGUCGAAUCUGUUUGGACGUGCUGAAGAGCAAUUGGUCGCCCGCACUUCAGAUCAGAACAAUUCUUCUUUCCAUUCAGGCGUUGUUAGGUGCUCCAAAUCCAGAUGAUCCUUUAGCGAAUGAUGUUGCUCAGCGGUGGAAGGAGGACCAGGAGGCAGCAAUUCAAACAGCGAGAGAAUGGACUAGAACCUAUGCCAUGCCAUGA